AGGAGGAGGAGAAGAAGAAGACAGAUAAAACAGACAAGGUGGAAGAGAAGAAGAAGACAGAGAAAACAGACAAGGCGAAGGAUGAGAAAUCCGAGAAAAAAGAGCUUAAAAGUCCUGAGAGGAAAAAGAACAAGAUAGCAGAGACAGCUGAUAAGGCCAAAAAACCUGCAAGUAAACCUUCAACCAAUGGGAGCGGUGCUGCACCAAGCCGGGACCUGCCAAGUCCAGACAAGAAGACCAAGCCUGUUGCUGGGGCAACCAAACCGAGCGCUGCAAAGCCGCGGCCGAGCUUGGCAGCAUCCGUCAGUGCUGCCGCCCCCAAAUGCCCCACCCCUUCCUCCACCUCAGCCACACUCAGCAAAAAAACGCCCAUGCCCAAGGCCCCCACCCCCACCACUGCCCACAAGCGGCCUUUGUCCGCAGCCAGCCGCUCCGCAUCCGCAGCCACCACCUCCACCACUGCGCCCCGUGAGGUCAAGCCCAAGACCACAGAGAGACGUCCUCUAGUACCAAAGGCGACCACCACCUCCACGGCUCCAAAUGCUGCCCCCAAAAACGGCGCUGCUACCACGGCAACCAGCAAACCAGCCAUGGCGUCCCGCACCGCCACAAGCGCACCCGCAACCAGACGCCCCCUGGCUGACUCCACCCGGCCCCGGACCAGCACCACCCGCAGCUCCAUAGCUAACACCACCAAUGCCACCCCCCGUGUCCGCCCCACCACCACCAAACCAGCCACCGCCCCCUCCUCCACAGUACCAGAGAAGAAGCCCCCUGGGCCCCGCGUCCCCCGUCCCACCUCUAACACCACCUGGGACAAUGUCAGCGCCUCGGGGACCACCUCCCGCCCAAGCACAGCCCCCGCACCUGACAUCCGCAACGUACGCUCCAAGAUCGGCUCCACGGACAACAUGAAGUACCAGCCCGGAGGGGGGAAGGUCUCUGGCAGGAGCGACGCCCUGGGCCAAGGCUCCUCCUCCAAAGAGACCAGCCAGGCCAAAGUUCAGAUAGUCUCCAAAAAGCUGGACUUCAGCCACGUCACCUCACGCUUGGGUUCCAAGGACAAUAUCAAGCAUGUUCCUGGUGGAGGGAAGGUUCAGAUACUCAACAAAAAGGUGGACUUAAGCAAAGUGACAUCAAAGUGUGGCUCCAAGGCCAACAUCAAACACAAGCCUGGGGGCGGCGACGUGAAGAUCGAGUCCCAGAAAGUGAACUUCAAGGAUAAGGCUAAGUCCAAAGUGGGUUCAAUGGACAACCUGUGUCACGAGCCCGGCGGUGGCAACAUCGAGGCUGAGGGGGCCCAGGAGAUAGCAGAGGGGAAUGAGGUUCCCCCCAGUGAUACCCCAGUUCCAGCCACGGUGCCAGGACAGGCAAGCAGCCCCUCCCGGGAGAAUGGGGUGAAGGAGGACGCCCCCUGCCAGGGCCUCCAGGACCCCCAGGGCCUGGACUCAAGCAUCCCUGAGACAAAUUGAGUCUUUCAAACUCAACUUCUGCGAGAACGCCUGCUCUCGCACGGAUCAUGGCGCCGACAUCAUAACCUGGCCAGCCCCAGACAACAGCCCCUCACACCUGCAACCCAGUGUCUCUCUCAAUGACUUCCUGGCCUCCGCCGGCUACCCCUGCUGCCCCCAACCCCCUCCCUCUUCCCCCCUUCGGGGCAUGGGGCAACGGCAGACUAGCAGGACUCGGAUCAUGACCCUCAACCCCACACCCCAGUUCCAAACACCUCUCCCUUCCUAUGAUCUCAUUCAUGUAUCAUGUUAUUCCGCCUACCCUGCGCUACCUACCUACCGCUGUCCUCUUCCCAUUGGCUGAGCUGACAUUGUACAUACAGUAGAACAAGCUUCAGGCAGGGUGGGAUAUCAAUGGGAGGGGAACGGAGGCUUGCCAUGUUCUCUCGGAUUUGUCUGGUUGUGCUAAUCUUGUAUUAAUGUGCUCGGAGGACUUUCCUAGGAUCAUGGUUUUCCGUUGGUCCCUUUGAUCAGGUGAUGGGCUGUGUAUAUGAACCGUUUCCUUCCUGGCUUUCUGACAACAGCGCUCAUUUUAGAUCAUGUUUCCUGGUCUCUACAAGAGCAGAUCAUGGCAGUCGCAGCAUACAAUAGCAGACGCCAGUCAUGUCCAGUAUUACAGUACGUACUAGUGCCGUUUUAGUGAGAGCGUAAUCUACCAGGCAACAGCGGCCUUGAACAAACCUGUUUGCUUCGUACAGACACCCCCAUAGACACUACCCAAUGGGAAACCCUCCUAGACUCACCUGUGUGUUACGUACGCAGAGUAGUAUGUGUGUAGCACCCCUUUACUUGUGAGCAUGUAGGGCUGCCGUGUGUUCCCAAUAACCAUUGAUUAUUCACUCAGUAUUCACUAACCAUCGACUCACUCACUGGUUCACCUCCCUCCUCUCUUCACUGUCCAUCAUCAGAGCAUUUGAAACUAGUAGACUGUUUGAACAGUAGGCUAUUUAACUCUCUUUAAUCUCUGUGUUUGUGAUGGUGUGUUUGAGUGAAUUCUGCUGUAACAAUGAGCUGUGGUGUUCUGUUCUGUUUACUUUCUAUCUCUCUCUCUCUGGACUUUGGUUUAUUUUCCUCAUCUGUUUUGGUAGAAGGUUUUUCUCAUCGUUUCCUUCUUUAUUUGUAUUCUUUCUCGUACAAGCAAUACGCUGGAUGGUCUGUUUACCGUUAGGACUCUUCUUGAAUACACGCAAACUUUUUUUCUUUUCUUCUUGAAACAAAGGCACACAGUCAUGAAGACGCAACUCUGUUUCGGGCUUUGAGACCGAGGAAGCAUGUCGGGAAUGUGAGGAGGGAGAUGAAGACGGAUAAAACAGAGAGACAACGAACACUGAGGCGUAGUGAAAGACGUGUCCACUUCAGUGUGUUAAAACAACAAUGUGAUGGCAGGGGAACAUUCGAUGUUCAGAACAGUUUGCGCAUAUAAUAUGCCAACAUUUUGACAUUUUGCGCAUAUUAUAUGCACAAACUGUUCUGAACAUUGAAUGUUCCACUGUCAGAAUAGUAGUCUGGGAAAGUUCAAGAAAGUAGAGUUUGGAAGCUUUUAUUUUGAAUACAGUACAAGGGACUUGUGUGAAGAUUAGUUAUUUGAAGGGAAGGGUCUUGGAAAUUGGUGGAGCUGUGUGUCUUGUACGUGCCUCCUGUCCUGUUUACCUGAAACUGGGAUGGUACUCGGGCUGGAAGCUCAAGCUGAUGGACCCUUGUCCCUGGAGAGUAACAGACCCGUCAAGCCGCCUGGUGGCUCUGUAGUCUGAUUAGGAUUUACAAGAAUUCUAUUUUGUAACUAAUCCUUGUUGUUGUUCCAUUUCAGCUCUUUUCUGAGGGUUCUGGUCAGGUGUUUUUUGACAGUUAUAAGUGGACUAGCUGAAGGACUUCUUUUGUCAGGCUAUUGGCAGUGGAACAUUCGAUGUGGCUUAUUGUACAUGUAGCAAUGUAUCCAACGAUUGCCUCCAAUUGCUUUUUUUAGUGCAUGGCCAGGUAAUAUCAUGCCCAGAGCAGAAAGCCUAUGUGCAUUAUGACUUGCAGUGUUGUGGUUCAGUAUAUUUGUCCUUGGGGGCAAAUCAUAGUCAGUGGUUUAUCUUUCCUUAUUAUUGCGUUCUUUGCUUUAGACAGUGGGCAGGAACAAAAUCAGAGGCUGUCCAUUUUGCCUGAAAAUUCUAUUGCAGUUUGGUAUAUAAUUCAGCUAUAAGUUCAUCGUGUUUAUUUGUGUUGUACUCAAAAUGAGGACAGAACAUUGAGUAAUGUUUUUGAGUAAUGAUCCGUCCCCCGUCCCGUCCCCCCCCCAAAUUCAAGUCAAAAUGUAGACCUCCUAAAAGUAGCACCAACACUCCAAAAUGUGCAAGAAUAAUACAACCAACAUUUUUAAUAUCCUCUUAAAUCAGAGGUAUGGAAACUAUUAAAAGCACCUUAAAGGCUUGAAUAUAUCAAAGAGGAUUCACUGUGAUGGAAAUCUGUAUUUGAUUGAAGGUAGAGCUAUCCCUGGAUAUGUCUGCAAUGCAUAAGGGCCACUUAACGAACACAGUUAAGGAGCUUUGCACUCUCCUGUACAGCAUAGAACUGUAUUUCAUCUUGAUGGCCUCCCAUUUUGCUCCUAGGACCACCAUGAAAUAUUGUUUGAGGGUAACAAUCUUUUGAGAUGUGUGGAAUAAUCCCCAGAGCCAAAUGUUUUAAGAAAAUAGACUAUACAUUUUAUUGUUAUCAACAAUAUUUUAUUUAGAAAUUCUAUAGGUUUCUAGAUAUUGAUAUUUGAGCGGUUUGUCGUGCAUCAGAGGAGCGUCUGCUGAGGUGGAUCGUAGUUUGGCCUCUGGUGCCACGUUCCUCGUCUGAUGGGGACAUUUCCUCCUUGUGCCUGUCCACAACCACUUUCACUGUCUCUUUCACCCCUGGUCUUCAUGUUCUCUUUGAGAUCGCACGCGUUUGUUUAGGAAUAUAGAUUUAGACUGUUUAUACACUAUUUCGCCACAGCAACAAAAACAAUAUGAAAACAACAAUGGGGGGGGGGGGGGGUGUAAUAAGGAUGUUAAGUAUAGCUUUUAUGUUCAUCUACCUUGAACAGAUUUAAUGGUAAUGAGUCAUAUUAAUUAUUAUUAUUAUUGAGCAAGUCUACCUUUUUUCCAAGAAAAGGGCUGCUAAAGUGAAAGAAUGUUCUGGAGAUUUAGUGUACUAAGGAAACAACACUUUUUCUAUGUGUAUUUAUCUUGUGUAUUUAUCUUGUGUUCCCAUUGGUGCGUGGUGGUGGUGUCAGUGGGGGAGUGUUAGAGGGCUUAUGGAAGGCAUAGUGGGGUCUGGUCCAGUUUGUGCAUUGCUGUCUAUUGAACAGCCUUUCUUUCACAAAUUGUAAGAGUUUUGUUAACUUUCACAUAACCUUUGUCCAUCCCCACAACCCCAAUCUUAAGAAAUUAAAAUACUGUUAUUUACAGGAAGACCUUUUUAGAUGUGAUUUUGACAUUGUAGGAUACAGUGACGACCUCGCGUUGAUUUGAAAACAAGAUACAUGUAACAUGAAAGGGAUUGAAACUAAUAUGUAUGAAUUGCACUGUAUAACAUACCGUUACAAAAUGCGUGGAAGAGGGAUUAGAAAUCAGAGUUUGUAUCGGUCAUUUAGUAACAUUGCUCCCCUCGCCCUCGCCCUCCACACACACACACAUACACACAUACACACACACACACACACACACACACACACACACACACACACACACACACACACACACACACACACACACACACACACACACACACACACACACACACACAAACACACACUGCCCUGGAGUAUAAUGGAAAGCUCCACGUCCUAACACACCUUUGUGUAAGACUAACAGCAGCUGUCAGGUUUGGCUUGUGUUGUACUUAGAGCUCUCCAGUGAUGCAACAAUGAGCUCCAUAGAUCUGCUUCUAGCUGUUAGUUCACACAAAGUGUACUAAUAGAAAACACCUAUUUAAGAGCAGAAACAAUUGGGAUGUGUUAGGAUGACUUAUGUCAGUCGCAGAAUUUGUCAUUGGUGCAGAUUUAAUUUUGUCUUGAUUUUUGUUUUUCAUUCAUUUAGAAUUUAUUUUUGGGUUUUGAAAGAAGUGUUUGUUGUGGUUAAUUAUUCAUUAGUGAUGUGAUUAUUAAAAAUGUAAUAAAAUACAAAUGUUUAAGA